GUUUAACUUUUUGAAGUGGGUACAAAGUACAAAACAAUAAACUUACUGGAGUUUUGAUAAUCAGCGAUUAUUGAACUUGAGGAUAAUAAACUUCAUAAUCGUCAUGUUAGUGCUCUGAGUGGACGUGUUCGAGGUGAAAAGAAUUAAAAACAAAUUUGAUUCUAACUACUUAUUUUUUUAACAUAAGUGAAAUUUUAUUGCAAAUACUAUAAUUUAAAGUGAUAAGUGCUAUAAAAAGUAUAAAAAUGUGGUCUAAUAAGCUUGUUGAUGAUGAUGAGUUAGUUAAAUAUUUUCCGGAUUUACCCAGCGGACCCUUAGAUGGCUAUAGAAAAAAGGCAUCGUUCAAUUGGCGUCGAAUGAAACUGGUUUACGACAAUUUAGCAACAAUUAAAAUAAAACAUGACAUCUGGAACUUCAUGCAGAAUCAUCCCUUAUUCCAACAUUCCGAUACGCCUCUGUCUAUGGAUGAGCAGAGGCAUUUGGCUGUUAAGAGAAUGUAUGUCUACUACAAUGAACAAUUUGCACCAUUGCAUAAGAUCGCUGAAGAUCCACGAAUAUUCCAAGCGGAGUCCGAAGCGAUGUUCAUGUUCGACAGCUCGAUGGCGGUGAAAGUAUCCCUCACGUUUCGAAUGUUCGCGAACACGAUACAAGGGAGUGGGAAACCGCAUCACUACAGGUUUAUCGAGGAUAUAGAGAAGGCGAGGAUUGGCGGAUGCUUCGCUCUCACUGAAGUGUCGCAUGGUUCUAACGCCAAGGGAAUGAGAACAACGGCCACGUACUGCCCGGAGACGAAGGAGUUCAUACUGCAUACACCGGAUUUUGAAGCUGCGAAAUUCUGGGUGGGAUGUAUGGGGAAAUGUGCGACUCACGCGAUCGUAUACGCAAUGCUGAUAUCGAAUGGUACAAACCACGGCUUGCACUCAUUCAUCGUGCCCAUACGGGAUCCGAAAACCUUGAGGCCCUUCGCCGGAGUCACCGUGGGUGAUAUCGGUGAAAAGAUUGGACUCAAUGGGGUGGACAAUGGUUUCGUUAUGUUCAACAAAUACCGGAUUCCAAAAGACUUGGCGCUGGACAAGCUGGGCGGAGUGGACGAUAACGGGGUCUACCAGACGCCGUUCCGAGACCCCAACAAGAGGUUUGGAGCCGCCCUGGGUAUAUUAUCGGGCGGUAGAGUGCACAUAACAUCGAUAACGACUCACUAUCUCGUCAAAGCUAUGGUGAUCGCCAUUAGAUAUUCCGCAGUGAGAAAACAGUUCGGCGCCGAAAAUGGCGCUGACGAAACACCUGUACUGGAAUAUCAGCAGCAGCAAAUCCGAUUAUUGCCGUAUCUCGCGGCUGCCUACGCGUUCCGCGUGUUCUGUUCUUGGUUUAGCGUAACACACGUUAAUAUAACCAUCGAUAACUUCAUGGGCAAACUGGAGAACGCGGCGAGCACCGGUAUAGAGAUGCACGCGCUGUCGUCGGCGGUGAAGCCGCUGUGCGGGUGGCUCGCGCGGGACGCCGUGCAGAACUGCAGGGAGGCUUGCGGCGGACACGGCUAUUUGAGAGCGGCGGGCAUUGGCGACAUACGUAAUGACAAUGACGCCAAUUGCACCUACGAGGGCGAGAACAGCCUGCUCCUGCAGCAGACCAGCAACUGGCUGCUCGGCGUGUGGCCGAGGAGGAAGCUCCUCAGCGCUGCUGAUGCUCCGCUCGGCUCCCUGGAGUUUUUGGAUGGAGCUGAUGAUGCACUAGCCAAGACUUGCCAGUGGUGGAAGGUGGAGGAGCUUAUGGAUCCCUAUAAUUUAACGCAAAUGUACAAAUGGCUGACCGCGUACACGCUCAAGAUGACGUACGACAAAGUGCAGAAGCUGAAGCAGGAGGGAAAGAACAACUUGCAGGCUAAGAACGAGUCGCAGUCCUAUAACGCGGUUGCCUUGUCGUGUAUUUACGGAGAGAAUUUCAUAAUCAACCACUUCUACAAGACGGUGAAAGAGUUUCCCGACGAGGCGUGCAGGAAAGUUUUGCUCGACCUGGUCUCGCUGUACGGAGCGUUCUUGUUGGAGAAACAUAUGGCGACCUUGUAUAUUGGCGGCUACUUCAGCGGCGAGCAGGGGCUGCAGCUGCGCGAGGGCGUGCUGCGGCAGAGCGCGCGCGCGGCCGCGCAGGCGGUGCGGCUGGCCGACGCGCUGGCGCCGCCCGACUGGUGCCUCAACUCCGUGCUCGGGAUGGCGGACGGACAGGCAUACAAACACAUACAAAACAAAGUGAUCACAUACCCCGGGUCCAUGACGCGACCGGAGUGGUGGAAGGAUGUCGUGUAUUGGCAGAAUUAUGUUACAUCUAAGCUAUAAUAAGUGACAUUAAAACAAAAUUAAAAUAUAUUAUUAAGAGAAAUUAACCCCAUCUUCCAUGGGAUAUUUAUAACAUUCAAUAGGGAAUUGAAGACUGGUUUU